ACAGCAGGGCGGGGCGCGGGGCUGAGCAGGCGCGAGGGCUGGCUGCUGGGCCGACGAGGGGCGGUGCCAGGCCGUGGGUCCUUAGUCAAGUGACGCGAAGCGGCCGGCCUGGGCGCCGACUGCAGAGCCGGGAGGCUGGUGGUCAUGCCGGGGUUCCUGGUUCGCAUCCUCCCUCUGCUGCUGGCUCUGCUGCUUCUGGGCCCUACGCGCGCCUUGCGCAAUGCCACCCAGAGGAUGUUUGAAAUUGACUAUAGCCGGGACUGCUUCCUCAAGGAUGGCCAGCCAUUUCGCUACAUCUCAGGAAGCAUUCACUACUCCCGUGUGCCCCGCUUCUACUGGAAGGACCGGCUGCUGAAGAUGAAGAUGGCUGGGCUGAACGCCAUCCAGACGUAUGUGCCCUGGAACUUUCAUGAGCCCUGGCCAGGACAGUACCAGUUUUCUGAGGACCAUGAUGUGGAAUAUUUUCUUCAGCUGGCUCAUGAGCUGGGACUGCUGGUUAUCCUGAGGCCCGGGCCCUACAUCUGUGCAGAGUGGGAAAUGGGAGGAUUACCUGCUUGGCUGCUAGAGAAAGAGUCUAUUCUUCUCCGCUCCUCCGAUCCAGAUUACCUGGCAGCUGUGGACAAGUGGUUGGGAGUCCUUCUGCCCAAGAUGAAGCCUCUCCUCUAUCAGAAUGGAGGGCCAGUUAUAACAGUGCAGGUUGAAAAUGAAUAUGGCAGCUACUUUGCCUGUGAUUUUGACUACCUGCGCUUCCUGCAGAAGCGCUUUCGCCGCCAUCUGGGGGAUGAUGUGGUUCUGUUUACCACUGAUGGAGCACAUAAAACAUUCCUGAAAUGUGGGGCCCUGCAGGGCCUCUACACCACGGUGGACUUUGGAACAGGCAGCAACAUCACAGAUGCUUUCCUAAGCCAGAGGAAGUGUGAGCCCAAAGGACCCUUGAUCAAUUCUGAAUUCUAUACUGGCUGGCUAGAUCACUGGGGCCAACCUCACUCCACAAUCAAGACCGAAGCAGUGGCUUCCUCCCUCUAUGAUAUACUUGCCCGUGGGGCGAGUGUGAACUUGUACAUGUUUAUAGGUGGGACCAAUUUUGCCUAUUGGAAUGGGGCCAACUCACCCUAUGCAGCACAGCCCACCAGCUACGACUAUGAUGCCCCACUGAGUGAGGCUGGGGACCUCACUGAGAAGUAUUUUGCCCUGCGAAACAUCAUCCAGAAGUUUGAAAAAGUACCAGAAGGUCCUAUCCCUCCGUCUACACCAAAGUUUGCAUAUGGAAAGGUCGCUCUGGAAAAGUUAAAGACAGUGGGAGCAGCUCUGGACAUUCUGUGUCCCUCUGGGCCCAUCAAAAGCCUUUAUCCCUUGACAUUUAUCCAGGUGAAACAGCAUUAUGGGUUUGUGCUGUACCGGACAACACUUCCUCAAGAUUGCAGCAACCCAGCACCUCUCUCUUCACCCCUCAAUGGAGUCCACGAUCGAGCAUAUGUUGCUGUGGAUGGGAUCCCCCAGGGAGUCCUUGAGCGAAACAAUGUGAUCACUCUGAACAUAACAGGGAAAGCUGGAGCCACUCUGGACCUUCUGGUAGAGAACAUGGGACGUGUGAACUAUGGCGCAUAUAUCAACGAUUUUAAGGGUUUGGUUUCUAACCUGACCCUCAGUUCCAAUAUCCUCACGGACUGGACGAUCUUUCCACUGGACACUGAGGAUGCAGUGCGCAGCCACCUGGGGGGCUGGGGACACUGUGACAGUGGCCACCGUGAUGAAGCCUGGGCCCACAGCUCAUCCAACUACACGCUCCCGGCCUUUUAUAUGGGGAACUUCUCCAUUCCCAGUGGGAUCCCAGACUUGCCCCAGGACACCUUUAUCCAGUUUCCUGGAUGGACCAAGGACGAAGGCGAUGGCAGCAGUUUUCCAGGCUAGCUGUCUUCACAACCCGAUGGCUCUCUUCUUUUCUGCUGCCACAUAGACAGACUGUCUGCCUCCUGCAAAUUUGAAAUUUGGCAAACCUGCCUCCUCUGCUUCUCGGAACCAAACUGGGGCCAGGAGAACUUCUGACCCAAGUGUUGAUCACCUCUCUUCCUGCACCGCACUGUGCACCCUCUGCUCAGGAAAUGCCUUUGGCGUGUUGCUGACGUCUGUCCCUGCUCCAUCUCUUACCACCCUGCACUUCACCCUUUCCCACACAGGCUUCACCUGAUCUCAGCUGCUUUGGGCAGACCAUCCAGGUAUUUUGGAGUCUGAAAAGGAUCUCUGUCUCCAAGUCUGGUGCAAAUGGAGCUUGGGGGUUUUAAAAUUCAUUCUUCUUGCUGCUGUUUCACAAUUUCUCAGAAAAGGUGAAAAUGCAGACUUUGGCAGUUAUGUUCAAUAUGAAAAGUCUUAAUAAAGUAAUUUUUGACCUAAAGCCCACCAGUAUUUCUGGAACAAUUCAGUCAAUCUUUGAACUUGGUCACAUAAAGUCUUAUUAGAAACACAACGGGGAUUUUGGAGAUAGGACUAGUGAACCUUGUGUAGUUAAAUAGAAACUUGAAUUGCCAGUGUAGAGUACUUGAUUAAGAGAUAAGGAAAUCCACUCAUUCAGUAAAAAAUAAUUGAGUUUUGUGCUAGCAAUUUUACUAGGCAGUUAGGUGGUGGGUAUUUUUGGUGGAGUGAGUCUAAUUCAUGAUUAAAUUAUUGUUUCUCCUGAACCUCAAUUUCUUGGAGUAAUAAAAUCAACCUUAUCUACUUUAA